UUAAUUUAUUAAAAUAAAAAAUCUCAAAUUUGGGGUUUUUAGUUUAAUUUUUUAUUACAUUGAUUUAUGGGUUCUUCCUUCUUAUUUAAUCCUCAUUUGUUCUGUUCUUGCAUUAUAUUCUUGUAAUUAUCUUUUUUUGUUUUAGAAAUUUUUUAUAUUUUGCUUGUUAUUGAUUUAUAUUUAAAUUGAAAAGGGGGAUUUUGGUUGUGAAUAAGAUUACAAAUCCCUUAAAUUGUUCUUAAUUCAAGGGUAUUUAGAUUUGAUAAAUUAAUUAUAGUUUAAUCACCCUUGGUAUAUUUUGCAUAAAUAUACAACAGUUUAUGGGGUUUGGAGAUUCUGGGCCAGAGCAAUUUAUCAAAUUUUUGAUGGUCUUCAGAUGGCUUUGAAUUCACAAGAUAGAAAAAGCAAGAAGCAGACACCUUGACUAAUUCUGGAACUGAAAUGCCAGCAGUUCAAAAUGCCAAGACCUUAAAGACUUUUGUAGCUACAUGGAAUGUUGGAGGGAAGCCUCCAGAGAAUAGCCUUGUUCUUGACGAUUUUCUUCAGCUUAGUGCUCCUUCAGAUAUCUACGUCCUGGGAUUUCAGGAAAUUGUCCCACUAAAUGCUGGAAAUGUGCUUGUUUUAGAAGACAGUGAGCCAGCCGCAAGGUGGCUGGCUCUUAUUAAUCAGUCUCUCAAUGGAAGUAAUAACCACUUCCAAGCUCUGAGAAAAGCAACCUCUUUGAUAGAAGCAAAGACUAUGUAUGGAACCAAAAAUAAUAAACUAACAAGCACGGCGAGUGGCUCACUGUUCUUUCCCAAGUACUCCCUCAAAGCUAUGAGCAAGCAAUUCAGGACAGAAAGCAAAAAGAAGCUCAAGUCAUGCAACUGUGUCUCAGAUCUAGAGAGAAGAUACACCAGGGAUUCUUGUUUUCGCUGCCAACAAAGUAACUUAAGUGAUGAUUCAUCAGAGGAAGACGAUGGACCAAAUGGAGUUGUUUUUUCAGAAAUCAUUAAUUCUUCUGGAAGUAACCAGAAAUACAGCUUAAUUGUAAGUAAGCAGAUGGUUGGGAUUUUUCUCACAAUAUGGGUAAGGAGGGAGCUUGUUCCACAUAUUAGUCACUUGAAAACUUCUUGUAUUAGUCGUGGUAUCAUGGGCCUGGGAAACAAGGGUUGCAUCUCUGUGAGCAUGCUUUUGCAUCGAACGAGCUUUUGUUUCAUAUGCAGCCAUCUGGCAUCUGGAGAGAAAGAAGGAGAUGAGCUUAGAAGGAAUUUGGAUGUUAUAGAGAUACUUAAAAGUACUUAUUUCCCAAGAAGAUGCAAAGUUUUGAACAGCCAAAUUCCAGAAAGAAUAUUAGAGCAUGACCGUAUCAUAUGGUUUGGGGACUUGAAUUACAGGAUUGCUUUAAGUCAUACGGAAACCCUGAAGCUGCUGAAGAAAAGGGAAUGGGAGGCGCUGCUCAGCAAGGAUCAGCUGAAAAUUGAGAGGGAGGCUGGGCGAGUAUUCAAAGGAUGGAGAGAAGGGCUUAUAAAAUUUGCACCUACUUACAAGUACUCUUUUAACUCAGACAUAUAUCUUGGAGAAACCAACAUCUCACCAAGCAAAAGAAGAACUCCUGCUUGGUGUGACAGAAUUUUAUGGAAAGGGGAUGGUAUGCAGCAGUUACAUUACGAACGUAAGGACUCUAAUAAGUAUCAGUUUUCUGAUCACCGGCCUGUUUGUUCAUCAUUUUCUGUGGACGUUUCUGUAAGGGAAUCAAAUUCAAACUUCCUUAAAAUUGAAGUUGAAGAACUUUUACCAAAAUAACAAUCAGUUGCUGAAAGGUACUAACAUAGAUCGUAAUUGUCGAAGACUGAAGAAACACCCAAAUUUUUCAUUGCUGACUUGCAGUAGAAUGAUAAGUUGUAGGCAAUUCUUUUUAGCUAGCCCUUCCAUCUAGCAGUCUAGCUUACCAAUUUUUUGUACAGUAUUUUUCUUUCUCUUGUAAUCUUUCUUUUCAUCUUAGUCCUUGGUAAAUGUAUCAAUAGCCUUUUUUUCCCCCUUUGAUUUGCACAGGUAAAGGAAAUGGAAGCAAGGAAUUUAUUUUUUCUUUCAUUGGAAUGAAUUUGUACAUAAUUUUGCUGUUAUUGGUAGUAAUAUAGGUUGUGAUUGAUUGAAUUUACCAUAUAUAUCACGAUAAUUUUUGGUCCUUGUAUA